AUGAAUCAAUCCUCAAUGUCGGAGGAAGUUCACGGUCAUAUAAUGGAUAAAAACAUAGACUUCCAUAUCGUUCAGCUUGUCGAGCGGUUGGAAAUGCUUCGGAAGGACCCUGGCCCCAAAAUGUCCCUCUCGGUCCAGGGCCGAGCCAAUAUGCACAAAGAGUUACGGACGCUGGAGUUGUGGAGGUCCGUCAUGUCGGAGUGUCUGGCGUCGUUCUUCUACGUGUUCGUCGUGUGUGGAGCCGCUGCCGGGGCGGGUGUUGGUGCGAACGUGUCCUCGCUCCUGCUGGCGACCUCGCUGGCGUCCGGACUAAUCGUCGUGGUCCUUACGCAGUGCUUUCUGCACGUCUCAGGCGCACACAUAAAUCCAGCUGUCACCAUGGCCCUGGCGGUGACGCGCAAGAUAUCGGCCCUCCGCGCCAUCCUCUACAUAACGGCCCAGUGCGGUGGAUCGAUAGCCGGAGCCGCCAUGCUGUACGGCGUAACAGUGCCGGGUUAUCAAGGUAAUCUACAGGCUGCUGUUUCGCACAGUGCUCAGCUCGCUCCGUGGGAGCGCUUCGGCGUCGAGUUUAUCCUGACGUUCAUCGUCGUCCUCACGUAUCUGAUCUCGACGAACUCCUUCCGGAAAUACUUCGGCUCCUCGACCGUUGCCAUCGGAGCCGCGUAUAGUGCGUGUAGCUUCGUAUCGAUGCCCUACCUCAAUCCGGCCCGCUCGCUCGGUCCUUCGUUCGUGCUGAACAAGUGGGACAGCCACUGGGUGUACUGGGUGGGUCCAUUCAUCGGUGGCAUCAUCGCCGGGCUGAUCCAUCAGUUUGUGUUCACACCGAAGCCCCGUUCCAGGAGCGCCACGAAGGCCGGUACCGCCUGUGCGAGUGUGACCGCUAGUAGCGCCGCUCCGGACGAGGUUAACAACUGUACCGUCGAUCUUAGUAAGCUCGGCGCCCAGGCGACCGUCGGAAAGUUCCAGAACAUGCGCCAUCACAGCGGAACGCUGCCAUCGCGCUUCUGCCACAGUAUGUACGCGGCCAGCGAUCAGCCAGCGAUCAAGAUUGAACCACUAGAACCGAUCUACGGGGCGGCCAAGUCGAUGUUCGGCAAAUCGCCGCAGAUGUCACGCUCCAACCUGAAUCGCUCGCAGUCGGUGUACGCCAAAAGUAACAUGGCCCUGAACCAGGAGCUACCGGCUACGGUCGCGGCCACCGCAACUCUGCGCCCGGGCCAGCUAGUACCGGCUCAGAGCUUGUACCCUCUGCGAGUGUCCCAGCAACCGCACACCGCCCACAGCCAGAACCAGAACGUGCAGAACCAACUCCACCAGCGCUCGGAGAGUGUCUACGGGAUGCGGAACGUCAUCCGGCAGCAGCAGCUGGCGGAACAUCUCUCGCAGCAGCUGGCUCCACGGCCCAGUCACCACUCGCAGGUGGCGGAAGUGCAGGGUUCCGGCCCAUUCCAGUCCAUCUACGUCCGGGGCAAUCCAAGCUGCUCGACCGAUGCGCUGCGGGACGCCCACGAGCAGGCCGGCUGCGAUAAGCUGCUGAACACGAUGGCCCGCGCCCAGGAGCGACCGGAAUCGAUGUACGCGGCCACCCGGCGCAUCCACUCGACGCACUCGGACGACAGCUCGUACGGAUCGUACCACGGCGCAGGCGGCUCGGCGGCGCCCAACAAUACUCCGCCAACGCGGGAGCACUCCGGAGGCAGCUACGCAACGGGACUGUUGGGAGGUGGUCGUCCGAUGGGCCACUCGCACGGCCACCGGGGAGUGAUCGUGCAUGAUCCCAGCAGCACGAUGCAGCCGCCGCCACCGCUCAUGACGUGCAGCACGGCGCGAACUCGAGAGCGCGCCCCUCCGAGGUCACAGAAAAACAAACAACUCGUAACAGUGCCGGGUUAUCAAGGUAAUCUACAGGCUGCUGUUUCGCACAGUGCUCAGCUCGCUCCGUGGGAGCGCUUCGGCGUCGAGUUUAUCCUGACGUUCAUCGUCGUCCUCACGUAUCUGAUCUCGACGAACUCCUUCCGGAAAUACUUCGGCUCCUCGACCGUUGCCAUCGGAGCCGCGUAUAGUGCGUGUAGCUUCGUAUCGAUGCCCUACCUCAAUCCGGCCCGCUCGCUCGGUCCUUCGUUCGUGCUGAACAAGUGGGACAGCCACUGGGUGUACUGGGUGGGUCCAUUCAUCGGUGGCAUCAUCGCCGGGCUGAUCCAUCAGUUUGUGUUCACACCGAAGCCCCGUUCCAGGAGCGCCACGAAGGCCGGUACCGCCUGUGCGAGUGUGACCGCUAGUAGCGCCGCUCCGGACGAGGUUAACAACUGUACCGUCGAUCUUAGUAAGCUCGGCGCCCAGGCGACCGUCGGAAAGUUCCAGAACAUGCGCCAUCACAGCGGAACGCUGCCAUCGCGCUUCUGCCACAGUAUGUACGCGGCCAGCGAUCAGCCAGCGAUCAAGAUUGAACCACUAGAACCGAUCUACGGGGCGGCCAAGUCGAUGUUCGGCAAAUCGCCGCAGAUGUCACGCUCCAACCUGAAUCGCUCGCAGUCGGUGUACGCCAAAAGUAACAUGGCCCUGAACCAGGAGCUACCGGCUACGGUCGCGGCCACCGCAACUCUGCGCCCGGGCCAGCUAGUACCGGCUCAGAGCUUGUACCCUCUGCGAGUGUCCCAGCAACCGCACACCGCCCACAGCCAGAACCAGAACGUGCAGAACCAACUCCACCAGCGCUCGGAGAGUGUCUACGGGAUGCGGAACGUCAUCCGGCAGCAGCAGCUGGCGGAACAUCUCUCGCAGCAGCUGGCUCCACGGCCCAGUCACCACUCGCAGGUGGCGGAAGUGCAGGGUUCCGGCCCAUUCCAGUCCAUCUACGUCCGGGGCAAUCCAAGCUGCUCGACCGAUGCGCUGCGGGACGCCCACGAGCAGGCCGGCUGCGAUAAGCUGCUGAACACGAUGGCCCGCGCCCAGGAGCGACCGGAAUCGAUGUACGCGGCCACCCGGCGCAUCCACUCGACGCACUCGGACGACAGCUCGUACGGAUCGUACCACGGCGCAGGCGGCUCGGCGGCGCCCAACAAUACUCCGCCAACGCGGGAGCACUCCGGAGGCAGCUACGCAACGGGACUGUUGGGAGGUGGUCGUCCGAUGGGCCACUCGCACGGCCACCGGGGAGUGAUCGUGCAUGAUCCCAGCAGCACGAUGCAGCCGCCGCCACCGCUCAUGACGUGCAGCUAA